AUGCAGGACCCGGCGGGUGGACUCCCCGGCCAGUUGGUGCCGCAUAUGCAUUUGGUCUCAAGAAAUCGAUACCCAGCGAUGACCGCCUUGCCGACCGAAACUGUCCUUGACUACCUGCUUGCUGCCCCCAAGGUCGUCCGCGAGAUGUAUCCCAUGUCCUGGACAUUCCUAGAUGGUCCUCAAGAUGGGACCACACUACUCACAUGGCAGCCGCUUGGUCAUUUGGGGACUACUUUCGCGAGUGAUGGAUACGUCUGGGCUGACGCAGAGCAAGCUUUCACUUUUGAGACCCGAGGCUACACAAUCGAGAUGUGGGUUCAAAGAAGUGGCUAUCACCCUCCCCAGGAAAACAUUGCAAGUCACUCGCGCCGCCGUUAUCGACUUGUCCCUUCCAAAGUCCCCCCCAAUGCGCCUCAGCCUGAUCCUUCGCUAUGGAUAGUCCAUUACGCGCGCGCCGCCCAGAACGAUAUCAUUCCCGCUCAGCGUAUCCCGAUUACUCCUCAAGUACAGACAACGCUUGCUCAGCGACGAUUCCUACAAACUCAGGGUCAGCUCGUUCGCAAGGAGUUCAUGUUGCACGAUCGCAACAACUGGCCGACAAUCACAUUUCCGGCUCAGAUGGGCGCACAAGGAUUCGCACAGCCACAAGCAUACUAUGCCAAUGCAGGCCCUGGUCGGCAGCCACCAUCAGGUGCAUACUAUCCUCCUCAGCAACCUGGUGUGCCCGCCGGUCAAGCACCUGUAAAAGCGCCUCGCGGUCACCGUACAUCUGCAGGCGCAGCGGCUGCAGCUGCAGCGGACUUUGCAAUGGAGGAUGAAGAUGUUUCUACUGGCGAUAUGCUUGAUAUGCUCACUCCUCGUGAGAUCAGCAAGAUUCGUUAUCAACAACAUCACGAAUGGAUGGAGGAAAUUUUCGCGUCGCCUUAUACAAUCAAACAAAUUAUACCCGUCGACCUCGGUAUUGGCCGCAAAGGAGAGCUCGAAUCGUUGACUACUGGCAUUUUCGAGGCUCCUGUGUCAUCGGCUCACUCCAAAGAUGGCAAGGACAAUACUACAGCUCUGCAAGGAGGCAAAUUGGAACCGGAAAAAGCAGAAGAAUUUGCCGAUCGAGUCGCCAAGAAAGUCUCUGAUAUGACGGCAGAAAUCGAGAAGUUGAAGAGGCGCCAUGAACGGAGAAUGGCAAAGAUAAGCCGGAUGACCGCGCUGAAAGAGGCUGAACUACGACUGCGUGAGGCAGGCGCCAAUCCUUCCGAGACCGGACCAGAAAUCUGGAGAUUGGAAGGGCGUAUUGACACUUCCAAUGAAGAGGAGGCGCCUAUCGAGGAGACUAUCGAGGAUAUUUCACUCCGCAUACCACGGUAUCAGGUAGAUGACGUCGUGAAAGACCUGGAGAAGACUUACGGCCGAGUUAUCGUUCCAGCUACGAGCAUCACUUGCGUUGAGAAAGGCGGCUUGCUGGAACGUAUUGAGCCUACACCACAACCUGAAGAUACAGCUGGGGCAGACGCAGACAUUCUGAUGGAAACUAGUAUUUUAGAUCAAUUUGUUGCAUCGUCUACGUCCACGCCUGGGCAAGUAGGUCAGCAGGCACCGAUUUCUACAGCAGUUCCUGCUACACAACCAGUUCCUCAAGCCGGAGAUGGAGACGUCGAGAUGGGAGGUGCAGCAAAUCUGCCCGGACAGCUGGGUACUGCUGCCGGCGAGACUGGGGAAUGGGUAGUGGUAGGGAACGAGAAUACUGGAAAUGUUCCUGUUUCUACGGACAAAUCGAUCACGAAUAAUGCGUCUGGCGUGGAGACGAGCAAUUUCGACGAUGCAGCCAACUUCACCAACAUGGACUCUGCAGGUGAUGCGCUGGCUGCGUAUGAUGAUCAGCAUGACGGCUUGGAUCUCCCGGAUCUCGAAAACUCGGCUUUCGGAGAUGCUUUUCACGCAUCGGAUCAUGAGAUGGGACAUCAUCCUGAAGACGAUGAAAUGUCGUAG